AUGUGUAGCGAUAAUCUUUCUCUGUUCGGAAUACUGCUAUCAACCUUCAGUGUUAUUGAGAUGAAAAUUAACUGUUCAAUACCUUUAAUUGUUUUGCGCAGUGCUCAGGAGGUAUUUGGCUUUGCACGAACAAGAUCUCACAUGGAACCAUCCUCGCAGCCUGAGCCUGUGGUGGGUGUGGCCACUGCUGGGUCACAAGCAUAUCCUCCUCCUGCUGCCUAUCCAGCUCCAGCCAUGCCUGCCGCCAUUCCUCCUGGCUCGCAGCCUGCAGUGCCAUUCCCUGCUAAUCCAGCUCAACUCAGUGCUCAGCACCAACUGGUUUACCAACAGGCCCAGCAAUUUCACCAACAACUGCAGCAACAGCAGCAGCAGCAACUUCGUGAGUUCUGGGCUACUCAAAUGGAAGAGAUUGAGCAGGCAACUGACUUCAAGAACCACACCUUACCACUGGCAAGGAUAAAAAAGAUAAUGAAGGCUGACGAGGAUGUCCGGAUGAUCUCCGCAGAAGCUCCUGUUGUCUUUGCAAAGGCAUGCGAGGUGUUUAUCUUAGAGUUGACACUCAGGUCAUGGAUGCACACUGAGGAGAACAAGCGCCGGACCUUGCAGAAGAAUGACAUUGCAGCUGCCAUUACCAGGACUGACAUCUACGACUUCUUGGUGGACAUCAUUCCCAGGGAUGACAUGAAGGAGGAAGGCCUUGGGCUUCCGAGGGUGGGCUUGCCACCUGCUGCUCUAGGGGCACCGGCUGAUGCAUAUCCUCCUUAUUACUAUGUGCAAGCACAACAGGUACCGGGAGUAGGAAUGAUGUAUGGUGGCCAGCAGGGUCACCCAGUGGCAUAUGCGUGGCAGCAGCCUCAAGGGCAACAGGCCGAGGAGGCCCCUGAAGAGCAGCAGCAGUCUCCCUCAAACUAG